UGACCGCUGUCACAUGACCAGAAGGGAACCGAGCCCUUCAGGCGGCUGCAGCUAGGAGGGAGUGGUCAUGUGACUGUCACAUGACAGGAGCAGCCAGCAGCUGGGGAGAAGGGGGCGCUGUCAAAAUGCCCCAGAGACUGUCCGUGGAGAAGCAGGCCUACUCCGUACCACUGAUCCAGCCGGACCUUCGCCGGGAAGAGACUAUACAACAGAUCACAGAUACUCUGCAGCACCUGCAGAGCGUUUCCAAUGACAUUUUCAGCAGGAUCUUGCAGCGAGUGGAGACCAACAGGUCACAGCUGAAGAACAUCAAUGACCGGGUCAGUCUGGCCCAAGCCAAGAUAGAAAAACUAAAAGGCAGCAAAAAAGCUAUAAAGGUCUUCUCCAGUGCCAAGUACCCAGCCCCAGACCGGCUUCAGGAGUACAGCUCCAUCUUCUCCGGCGCUGCCGAUCUGUGGCCAGGGAAAAGACCACGGCAUAAAAUCCAGAGCAAGCACCGGCCGCUGGACGAGCAAGCUGUACAAGAGAAGCUGAAGUAUUUCCCAGUGUAUGUGAGCUCAAAGGGGCAGGACGACGAAGGAGAUGAAGAAGGCCUGGGCAGACUACCCCGGAACAUCAAUUCUGUCAGCUCUCUGCUUCUCUUCAACACGGCAGAGAAUCUCUAUAAGAAGUAUGUGUUUCUGGACCCUCUGGCCGGUGUAAUUACACGGACUAACCAGGCUCUGGAGGGAGAGGAGGAGGACAGGCCGUUUGAUGCCCCUUUCUCUAUCACGAAGAGGGAGCAGCUGGAGCGGCAGACGGCGGAGAAUUACUUCUAUGUCCCAGACCUCGGGCCAGUCCCUGAGAUUGAUGUCCCCUACUCCCUGCCAGACCUGCCCGGGGUGGCCGAUGACCUCAUGUACAUUGCUGACCUUGGUCCUGGCAUUGCCCCAUCUGCUCCAGGAGGACCUAUUCCUGAGCUCCCUACCUUCAGCACCGAGGAUAUGGUGGAACCUUCUAGGCCAGAUGCUCAAGAUGGGACCUUUCUUCCACCUCCCCCUCCUCCGCCACCCCCACCUCCUCCUGCACCUUCCUCCAUCUCUCCCCCUGCACCUCCGCAGCCUCCACCACUUACUAUCCCACCUGUGCCAGGCGGAGCAGACCACCCGACUGGGGAUCCAGCCGUCCAAGGAGCCCGGAAAGACGUGGUUAGUCCGUCUCAUGGCCGAGCCUCUCUGCUGGAGUCCAUCCGACAAGCGGGAGGAAUCGGAAAAGCCAAGCUGCGCAAUGUGAAAGAGAAAAAGCUGGAAAAGAAGAAGAUGAAGGAGCAGGAACAAGUGAUCUCCACAGGAGGAGGUGGCGACCUGAUGUCUGAUCUCUUCAACAAGCUGGCACUGAGGCGGAAAGGAAUCUCCGGAAAGGGACCAGCUGCUGGCAGCGGAGACACCCCUGCAGGAGCUUUUGCCCGAAUCUCUGACACCAUCCCACCCUUACCCCCACCCCAAGCAACGCCAGGAGAGGGGGACGAGGACGACUGGGAGUCUUAGGUUUACCUACUAUACAGCCAAGUCUAUGGACAUUUACCACCAUACAUUUCAGAUGGAACAGCGCCCUCAUGGUAUCAGGCCUAGUACUGCACCUACAGGAGCAUGGCUUGGAUCUCCUCCAUGGUAUACGGACUAUAAUGUAAUGAAGGAAAGAUUAUUCAGUUUCAUGGUUUCUAUAACCCCCAACGCCGGUCUGAUAUGACAUCGUAUCACAUGUCUCUAUGUACUGUAUCUCGCUAUAUGAUAUAUACACACGUCAGAGCAAUACAAUAAAACUCUGGAACGAU